CGCCCCACAGUGCCUCAAUGGGCGGCGUGUGCCUCUCUCUGGCUCAAAGACUGUUAAGGGCAAACUGGAUGGCAAGAGGUGCCGAUACCGGGUCCUCACCAGCAGCCCCCAGGCUGGGGAAGCCACCCUGCUGGCCUCGUCAACAGAGGCAGGCGGGAAACUCACCUGCGCCCCGGCCCCCCAUGGAAGCUUAAGGAUAAUGGAGGGCCUUCAAGAAUUUCGCGUCUCUCGGGUCCCUCUGCAGCCCAUUCCCACAAGCCUGCCACCUCAGAUCCCAGAUGGCCAGAGGCAGCGGUUCUCUGCCUUUGGAGGCAGCCCUCCAGUCACGGGGCCUGGGUCAGUCAUGGCUCUGAGGUCACCCAGUUCAGGGAAGAAGAAAAAGAAGAGAAAGCUCGAAGAGGCCUCAGCCAUUCAGGAGGCAGUGGACGGGCACGGGGCCAUGGAGGUGGGCACACCCUGGGGUGGCCUAGAAAUGAACAAGAAGAAGAAGAAAAAGAAGCAUCGGGCGGAUGAGGCAGAGAUGGCGGAGCCUUUGGGACUACCAUUCCCAUCUGCCACCAGCACCAAGAAGAAGAAGAGGAGCAAGUCCAAGGGGGCAGACACAUUCCAGCCGGAAGAAGGGCUGGGGUACACGGAACCUGUGGGCAAAAUGCAGCCUCCUGAUGGGACCAUCCUGACCCCCACCAAGAAGAGAAAAAGGCAGGAGAAUCCUGAAGGGAUGGAGGUGGCGGAGGGCACCAUGUCUGGCUCUCAGUCACAGGUCGCUGUGGAACCCCAGGAGGAAGCCAUCUCACUGUCCCCCACAAAGAAGAGGAGAAAAGAGAAGAGGCAGAAUUUGGUGGUGGAGCCAGAGGCGGGGCUCCCUGGAGCGGUCACAGAGCCUGAACUUUCAGAACACGGGUUUCAGGCCGAGGCAGCUACGGUGUCCCCCAAGAAGACAAAGAAGAAGAAAAAGGAAAAGUGGCUGGGUGAGGAACUGGCCUUGGGGGCCGAGGUGACAGAGGCUGUACUUCCGGCCAACUUUGAGUCCCAGGUGUCUCCAGCACCCAGCAAGAAGAAAGAGAAAGGACAGAAGGUGACAGAGCCCCCAUCUGAGAUGACUGACCCAAGAGAGUCUGAGGAGCCUGAGGCCGCAGCAGCUCAAGGAUCCACAAAGAAGAAGAAGAAGCCGAGGAAGGAUCAGGGAAGUGGGGUGUAAGACACCGUUCCCCACUGGAAGAUAGCCACCUCGGGACAGGAGAAAAAGCAGAAGAGCCCUAAAAGCACCCUGGGGAAACUGAGGGGGCCCGGGAGGGCUGUCGGAAGUCAGCUGCACGGGAGAGAUGAGCCUUUCCCUUCAAGCAAACACACCAGCAGGAGCCGCAGCCUGGAAAAUGCUUUAUUAUGACACUGUAGCCUCAGCGACCUCGGGUCAUCGGGGCACUUUGAGGAAGGGUUCAUGGAGGACGUCAAAGAGCCUGCGGGCCUAAGGGCAGGGAGAGAAUAGAGCUUGUCAUUAAAGGCUGUUUGCUUAGA